AUGGCGGCCCUACGCUCAAAAUCAAGGUCAUUUCUAGAAGCUAUUCCACGCUGUUUUUGCGGUGGCAAUUAUUUGUUAUCCACACCAAGGUAUCGUCUGUACUCAAAUUAUCAAACACAAGAGAAAAGUACGCAUUUUGGUUUUGAAGAAGUAUCAGAGCAGGAGAAAACUCAGAAAGGUAGACAAGAUCAGAGGUCUUGAUUUUUUUUUGCUUCACAAAUGUGCAAAUUUCCCUCUUUCAGAUGUCAAAUAAAUCACCACCCCCACCCCCCUUAGGAGCUGCAUGGACAGUCAGUCUCUAUUUAUCUGUAAUACCUUACUUUUGGCUUAUUAUGUGGAUAAACAUGAUUUUUUUAAGAAUAAAACAUGUAUGCCUUAUUCUUCAGAAAUGCUAUGAAGCAGUUACAGUGACUUAUAUAAAUACGUAUCUGGGACUAGUUUGCAAAACUUGGCAACUACAUGCAUGAUCUUUUACCCAAAGAGCUCAAUAUACAUGCUAGAAUUACAGCUUUGACAAUGCAAAAAAUAAUUGUGGACAUGCGAGUUCCAGACUUCUGGUUGUAUUGCAUACAAAUACAUGUGGCUCUUCAUGCUUAACAUCUCACUGAGUUAUGUUGUCUUGUGCAGACUGACCUAGGACUUACCAUUAACUUUAAUAACACACAGAGGUCAAGUAUUAUUAAGUAAUUAAACAAAUUAAGUGGGAUUAUUCAGAAUUUAUUAUUUGAAUAAGUAGUCAACACUUUCUACACCUUGUCCUACAAAUAUUUGUUUAUCAGUUUACAAGGUGUUUGAGAGUGUAGCAAGUUCAUAUGACAAAAUGAAUGAUGCCAUGAGCUUCGGGAUACACAGACUGUGGAAGGACAGGUUAAUCACUAUACUUAAUCCUCCUGUUGGAACAAAACUGUUGGAUGUUGCUGGAGGAACAGGUAAACAAAGUUGUUAUUAGAGAGAGAUGUGGUUCAUAAUAAAUGGUUUGAAUCAAGGAGUGAAAUCAUUCUCUUGUUGGAUUGUCUUGAUGAGAGUAACCCGAAAUUGGAUAAUUACUCACAAGUGUGUUGUGUUUGCUGUGACUGUAGAUUCUAAGUAUCAAAACUAAUGUAGUUUUAACCCAAUAGAGAAAAUUGUUACUAUGGCCAAGAUCUAAUGUGCUAAACAUCUAAACAUCUUGUAAACAUACCAAUUAUUAAGUUGACUGUUUUAAUCUGAUAGGUUAUUGCACUGUGUUUUGAAAUUUUACAGGUGACAUUGCAUUCAAAUUCCUAGACCAUGUUAACAAAAAAUCAGGAAAAAGGAAACAAAGAGGAGAAAGUAUUAACUCCCAUGUGACAGUGUGCGAUAUCAACAGAGCAAUGCUGCAAGUUGGCCAACAAAGGGCUGAAAGACUCCAUCAAUCCUCAGGUUUAAGAGCUGGGUACUUGAUUGCUUCAACCUUAAGCUGCUGAGAUCUGAUUGUAAAUCUCCUGUGUCGCUGUGUUAUAUUUCCUCGUAAAGUAUCUAGGAAAAUUUGGUAUCAUUUCAAUAUAAGCCUUGAGUUAACCCUCAGCAUGUGAGUUGGUAUUUCUCAUUCCCUGUUUUCUUGAUGAUUUAUCGAAAGGAAAAUUUUUAUGUUAAUCACAAAAUUGUGAGAGGUAAUGGAUAACAAUGCCAGGGAUUUCACUUCCAAGUUACUGAAUUUAUUUUGUCUGUAGUAAUGCAUUUAUUGCAAAAUUAUCCUGCAUUUUUGAAGUGUUAUCAGCUAUUAUACCACAGUGAAAUAUUGUUGCAGAUCAGAGGGGAAAAAAAAGAAGAAAAACUUUUUUAGUUAGAGUUAACAUUUUGCCUUACAACUUAGUACAAGAAUAGGAUGGAAUCUUAGUUUGGAGCCUUUGAUUUGAUAAUUCUUAAAUGUUUUCUGAUAGGAAUUUCAUGGAUUGAAGGCAAUGCAGAAGAGUUACCAAUUGAUACUGCAUCAGUUGAUGCCUACACCAUAGCAUUCGGAAUCCGAAAUGUUACAAGAAUUCAUAAGGUUACCAUUAACUCUGUUCUUUUUUUACUUUUUCUGGAUUAUAAGUGAACUGAUAUGUUUUCUAUUCAGUAUUUAUUCUGAAAAUUUGUAGAAUAGUUGAUGUAUUUUGUUCUCAUUGUUUGGUCAAAAAAUCCAGGGCAAGGUAGCCUUGUAAAAGAUAAUUUGUUUUAAUUAACUGAAUUAAGUGAAUUGGCCACCAUAAAAAGAUUCUAAAGCCAACAUUUUAUGCUUAAGCCCUUCAUUAGUGCUAACUGUUCUGGAAAAGAGUCUUGUUUGUGAGGUUGAUGAAGUCAUCACUUGACAGCAAUGAAAUUUCUGAUCAGAAAGCAGAAUCUUCAUUCACAGUUUCCCAUAGCAGUCUUCUUCAGGACCACUGUCACAAGGAUCAACAUUCUAUAUGAUCAGCUGUUACUCGUUUAAUAAUUUUCUUUCUCUCUUUUUGUGCUUCUCAUUAGGCUUUGAGUGAGGCCCACAGAGUUCUUGUUCCUGGUGGAAGAUUCCUGUGUCUGGAAUUCAGUGAAGUAAAAAAUGAGCUUAUCUCUAGGUACCAUCAAUUUAUUGUCUUUGAUUAUUCUUUAGGGCUUCAAUGGAAAACUACAUGACCCCCAAAGAACUCCUAUGGCAGACAUUGGUCAACUUGUCAUGUCAGUUGAUGGGUUGUAUUCUGUUGUGUCUCCCACCAGAAGGCUGACAUUUUAAAACAUUCCUUUUUUUUUUAGCUUACCAUGUUUUCCACAUUUUCCUUCAAAACAUUGUGAUACAAUAUUAUCAGGCAAAGAGGAAUUAUGAUGCCAGCCUUGUCUGUGGUUAAGUCUACCUAGAUGUACAUGUUAUAGAUUGUUCAGUCAAGUCUAAUAUUUCUUACUUGGAUGUCUGAUAUAAAUUAUAUUUCUAACAGUGCCUAUGAGAAAUAUUCCUUUGAUGUUAUACCAGUUAUGGGGCAGAUCAUAGCUGGAGAUUGGAAAUCUUACAAGUAUCUAGUUGAAAGCAUUAGACAAUUUCCAAAUCAGGUUUGUCCAAUAAAGUUUGUUGAACAUUUUACAUGCAUUGCUAAGUAAAAUUUUCAGUUUAUCAUCCCCUCAUACACAGCCCUCUGUGGAAAUUCAUGUAUUUCUUCCGUUUCUUUGCAUUAGUGGUUCCUUCCUCUGGGAUGUGAUUUAAAGAGAGCAUUUGGAGCUUGCUUCCUGUGUGCUUGCACGCAUUUCUGCUUGUUACUUUCUUUACUCAACUGCCUUACCCCUCUCAGAAGUGAAGAGUUAUUUGAUGUGUCUGCAGCUC